AUAUAUUAUACAUUUUUCAUUUUCGAAUUCAAAGAACCAAAGAGUUCACUAUUGCACAUGUGUACAAUUUGUAUGUUACAGGUGCUCUGUAGCUGUAUCCUGAUUUGCAGUGGUUGGAAAUUCAGACAUCAUGGAAUAUUCGACAGUCAGUGGUGGAGUGGCUGGUCACUUUAUAACUAUAAAUCGGCAACAUGGAAGACCCUGUUCUCGUCACAACCUAUAUCAAAUUCUUCAGUUGACUUCAAUUCAACAGCGAUGGAUAUGGAUCCUGCAAUGCGACUAAGUAUGAAGGCACCAACUGGUGAAAUAAAUCACAUUACUGAUAUCAUGAACAUAUCUACACACCAUGUUUUGGAGUGCAACCGAGAAUGUAUGGCAAGAGAGAAUUGUACCUUUUUUGUGUAUAGCAAACAGGAACAACAAUGUGGUUUGUACAAGGAUGACGAGGAACACGGAAACGUUAUCCAGUGCUCUCAGGACAUGUUUUGUUAUUUUGUCUGGGUAUAAAUUCUGUAAACAUUUAGCUUUGUGAAAAUAUUUUGUUAUUAACUAGAAAUAACACUUUCAUCUUCAUCUAUGCAACUUUUGAGCACCUGAGAUCACCCCAAGUAUUUGGUGGGGUUCGUGUUGCUUAGUCUUUAGUUUUCUAUGUUGUGUCUUCUGUGCUCUUAUUUGUCUGUUUGUCAUUUUAUUUUAAGCCAUGGCGUUGUCAGUUUAUUUGCAAUCUAUGAGUUUGAUUUUCACUCUGGUAUCUAUCGUCCCUCUUUUGAAAUGGGAAACUCAUAAAAAAAACCAAGAGAUGUUGUAUGAUUUGCCAAUGAGACAAUUAGAAUCACGAGACCAUAUAUAAAACCUGUUAAUUGCUGAAAAUGAUUUUUUUUUGUAUUUCUAUGAAGCUUUUGUAUCACAGAUUUGUAAUUCCAAUAUAAUGGAAUUUGAUGCGACUGUCAUACAAGUGUGAGGUUUAGCUAGCUAUAAAACGAGGUUCACUUCACCAUUUUCUACAUCAGGAAAUAUCCGUACCAAGUCAGGAAUACGACAGUUUUUGUCCAUUUGUUUGAUGUGAUUCAGAUUUUGUCAUUUGAUUGGGACUUUCAGUUUUGAAUCAUA